UGCCCGAUUCGAUCUUUCAGACCUUACCGGAUCGGGCCCCAACCCUAAUUCUCAAUCUUAUUUUCUCAAAGUCUAUUCAGUCACCACAAUUAACAUCUUCUAAUCUGGAUUUUCGGGGAAUUGAUAAGGGCAGACUUUUUAGUAACAAUUUUUUUAUUUUUUUCUAAUUUUAAGUUGUUCAUGACAGAAGAGCGUAUUCAGCAAGUUUUAACUUUAUCAAAAUGUGAUGAUAUUAUUGACCGUUUGACAAAAGCUGUUGCCCCAAAUAUUUUUGGGCACGAAGAAAUUAAAAAAGGAAUUCUUUGUCUUUUAUUUGGUGGCUCUCGAAAAUGGGAUGAACAAAAACAUGGAGAAGAAAUUGAAGAAGAAGAAACUGUUGGGGAUAGACGUAUUAAAGUUCGCAGUGAUAUAAAUAUUUUGCUUUGUGGUGAUCCUGGAACAGCAAAAUCACAGCUUCUUCAAUAUGUUUAUCAUCUUGUUCCACGGGCACAAUUUACUUCUGGAAAGGGUUCUUCUGCUGUUGGUUUAAGUGCAUCAAUCACUAGAGAUCCAGAUUCUCGUUCAGUUGUUUUACAAACUGGUGCUUUAGUAUUAGCAGAUAAUGGAGUUUGUUGUAUUGAUGAAUUUGAUAAAAUGAAUGAUAGCACAAGAAGUAUCCUUCACGAAGUAAUGGAACAACAAACACUUUCAAUUGCCAAAGCUGGAAUUAUUUGUCAAUUAAAUGCUAGAACAUCAAUUUUAGCAGCAGCAAAUCCAGUAGAUUCGCAAUGGAAUAAAAGGAAAAAUAUUGUUGAAAAUGUACAUUUACCUCCAACUCUUUUAUCUCGUUUUGAUUUAAUUUUUUUGGUGCUUGAUCCGCAGGAUGAAGAAUAUGAUAGACGUUUGGCUAAACAUUUGGUCAAUUUCUACCUGGUAGCCGACACCGAAGCAGAACAGCAACAACGUGUUGAUAUGGCCUUUCUUCGUGAUUAUAUUGCCUAUGCAAAAGCUAAUAUUUGUCCUGUAAUUAGCGAAAAAGCUGGCCUAUUACUUGUUCAAAAAUAUCAAUUUAUGCGUUCUUUGGGCAAAAAAGUAAAGCAAAUAUCGGCAUAUCCAAGACAAUUAGAAGCUUUAAUUCGACUUUCUGAAGCUUUUGCAAAAAUGCGUUUAAGUAAUGAAGUUAGUGAAAAUGAUGUGGAAAUGGCAUAUGAACUUCAACGUGAAGCACUUCGACAAUCAGCAGUCAAUCCAGACACUGGCUGUGUUGAAGUAAAUAUAAUUGCUACUGGAUAUUCAGAAAAACACAAACAAUUUGUUGGUGUUCUUGCAGAACAAAUUAGACAAGAAUUGGAAGGCAAAAGAGGAAACUUUUCUCUUGGAAAACUUUUUAAGGAUAUGCGAAUUAAUGAGAAGGCAAUAGAUCGAGAAUGUUAUGAAGAUGCAAUUAAACAAUUGGUUUUGGAAGGCUUUUUACUAAGAAAUGGAGACAAAGCUAGAGUUGUUGGAAUUGAUGACAGUAAUAUUUGA